AUGGCACCGGCCUCAGAUGGGCCGUCGUGCUCCUCAAGUGAAACAUCCCUCAACGACCUGAGAGAGCUGGAGACACUGGCGAGAAGCAAGCAGGUUGGCACACCGACUAACUCAAACUCUGGGGCCCCAGUGACGGAAACAGCCCUAAAGGCCCUCUUGGACGAACUACGCCGUAAUAUUGCCACCGAUAUCUCCGCAUUCAGAGACAAAAUCAAUGGAGUCUCGGCCUGUCUACACAAUGCAGAGGUGACCACAGCAGGCUACGAGACGAGGCUCACAAUAUUAGAAUGGGAACUCACCGUGUUAAGGUCAGAACAAGCAAAGGCACAACACUGCAUGGCCACAAUGGAGGACCGGAGGCGGUGGAAGAACAUAAAGGUCCGCGGCCUUCCAGACACAGUUACCACGGCCGAAAUAACUCACCUGAUCCGGAGACUCCUGGCCCAGUUGUUCCCUGCCAAACAAGCCAAACAGAUGAUGCUGGACAGCUGCAACAGGCUCCCAGUUCCUCCAGCAACAGCUACAGGAGUACACAGGGACGUUAUAAUACGAUUCCAAGCCGGUCCUGACAAACAGGCGUUGAUGGCUGCCACCCAUAACAAGUCCCCCUACACAUUUGAAGAUCACCAGCUGAUGUUCUACACGGAUCUUUCCAGGGCAAUCCUAGACUGGAGAAGGACCCUGAGACUCCUGACCGCAGCACUCACAAAAAGCAAGGUGGCUUUUGGGGGAACACCAAAGAGUCUUCUGAUUCCCCAAGAUUCUGGGACACUGAAAGUGUUCGAGGAUACAGAAAUACCCGGCAUCCUACAGAAACUCGAGAUACCAGCAACCACAGAGGGACCGCAGACAUCAGCCCUGGAUACCCAGCCACGAACCUGGGACCCCUCGAGAGUCCGCCUGUUUGUUCCUGCCACUCUGCGGGGCGACCCAGCCACUACCGCUGUAUCCUGA